AUGCAAUGCAAUCGUUGUACCCCCGCCUCAUCUUGGCUCCCUGGGCCUGGGCAGGGCACCGCUAUAAAAGCAUACCGCGUCGUCCCUCAGGUACGUAGUGUUUUCCCGUGUUCUGCACAAGAAAAAUCGCCCACAAUGAAGUUCGUCAUUGUUCUGUUCGCCGUCAUGGCUGCUGCUAACGCCUACCCUGGAAUCAUACCGUACUCUGCACCGGUACAUGCUCCGGAAGUACACCAAGUACUCCAGAUCCCGCAGCAGCAAUCGAUCCCACCCCCACAUCCCCAGCCGUUGAACAUUAAGAUCCCCCACAUCUCCUCCUCCAGAAUCCCAUACGCGGUGCCCAAGAUCGUCCAUCCCCACCUUAUCGGUGUCGAACAGUACGUGGAGCCCGUGAAGAUCGUCAAGGCCGCCCCUGUCUCUCAUCAUCCCUGGGAUUAAGGUUCCGCAUGGCACCCAAUGAACCCGCUGGUCCAGGGUGAUCCAUCCUGGACGAGUCGUCCUGAGGUGCAUCCGGAGUAGCGAUUACGAACAACGAUAACCAC